AUGAACGGCCCGGAGAAAGUGAGAUCCAAAUUCUCCGCCGAGUCAAGGGAAAGAGAAAAAUUAAAGAAUGAAACAGAGACAGGUGAAAAUGACAAUACGAAGCAGGAGCAGCAGAAGCCAAGUGAAAGUGCAAUGGACUCUAAGAAUAAGGCCAGGAACAAGGAGAAGAAGAAACUGAAGAAGCUUCUUCUGAAGCAGAAGCCUGAUAAAGAACUAGAAGAGGAAGCAGGAGGACAAGAAUAA